GUGACCCACACAUAUGCACUGCCAUGAGCCCUCUCUUCCUUCUACUAUAAAUCCAUUGCCUGCUCAACACAAACUUCUUCAUCUUAUCUGCAAGCAACAUCACAAUCUACGCCACACUUUCAGAAUUUCAGUACCAAAGUGAAAUUUAGCUAGCCAAGAACACAUCAGACUCAACCAUGAUCCAUCCAAAGAAGCUUGCUCAGCUGGCCAAGAAGUGGCAGAGGAAGGUCUCAGCCGGAGCUGGUGGCCAGCAAGCCGACGAGUGCUGCAGCACAGUCGCUGACAAGGGACACUGUGUGGUAUACACCGCCGAAGGGGCACGGUUCGAGGUCCCGCUGGCAUACCUUGCCACGACGGUGUUCGGCGAACUCCUGAGGAUGUCUGGGGAGGAGUUCGGCUUCACGAGCAGCGAGGGAGGCAGGAUCACUCUGCCCUGCGAUGCUGCGGUUAUGGAGUAUGUCUUGUGCUUGGUGAGGAGAGAUGCCUCUGAGGAGGUCGAGAGGGCGUUCUUGAGCUCCAUUGCUGGGCAUUGCCAUGGCCAAGAAGCAUCAAUGGGACGCACCAAUCAAUUUGCUCUUUGUAUUUAGCUUAGGUACU